AAUAUUUAAGACAUUCUACUCUUCAUUUUCUUUAUUAAUAAAAAACAAUAAAUAAAUUAAAAACUAAUACAUAAAAAAAAGCAAAAAGGUGUUCAUUGAGCCAUGAAAUUGUGUAAACUGGGUUCAAUACUUUAUUAUUCUCGCCUGUAUUAAUAAAUAUUUAAAUAGAACAAUAAUAAUUUAUAGCUGCAAAAUUAUUUAUUUUUUAAUUGGAAGCAAAAGAAAAACUACAGAAAAUACACACAACUAUAUUUUAUUUUUAAAUUAAGAAAUUUUUAUUUGGAAAAAUGCCAGUGUUUCAUACAAAAACAAUUGAAAGCAUUUUAGAUCCUGUAGCUCAACAGGUAUCUCGCUUAGUUAUUCUUCACGAAGAAGCCGAAGAUGGCAACGCCAUGCCUGAUCUCAGCCGUCCGGUACAAGUUGUCUCCGCUGCUGUUACCAAUCUUGUUAAGGUUGGACGGGAAACCAUUAACAGCUCGGAUGAUAAGAUACUCCGCCAAGAUAUGCCAUCAGCAUUGCAACGCGUUGAGACUGCCUCGCAGUUGCUUGAAGAAGCUUCAGAUAUGUUGCGUGCCGAUCCAUAUUCAGGAACUGCUCGCAAAAAGCUAAUUGAAGGAAGCCGCGGUAUACUGCAAGGCACCUCUUCGCUUUUGCUCUGCUUUGACGAAUCGGAAGUUCGCAAAAUCAUACAAGAAUGCAAAAGAGUAUUGGACUAUCUGGCGGUGGCGGAAGUUAUCAAUACCAUGGAAGAUUUAGUACAAUUCCUAAAAGAUUUGUCUCCCUGUUUGAGUAAAGUUUCUCGCGAGGUGGGAGCACGUGAAAAGGAAUUAACCCAUCAGGUGCAUAGCGAAAUAUUGGUGCGCUGUUUAGAACAGGUUAAGAUAUUGGCACCCAUUCUUAUCUGCAGUAUGAAAGUGUACAUUCAUAUAGUGGAGCAACAGGGUAAGGGCGUAGAAGAGGCCGCCGAGAAUCGCAACUACUUGGCUUCGCGCAUGAGUGAUGAAAUUCAAGAAAUUAUACGUGUUCUUCAGCUGACCACUUACGAUGAAGAUACUAGUGAAUUGGAUAAUUUGACGGUAUUGAAAAAGCUUAAUAAUGCUGUUAAUACCAAAGCCGAACUGGCCAAUGAUUGGCUUAACAAUCCUUAUGCUUUGCGCGGUGGCGUGGGUGAGAAAGCUUUGCGCCAAAUUAUCGAAAAUGCCAAUGAGAUAUCAGAGCGUUGCUUGCCUCAAGAUUCUUAUCCCAUACGCCGUUUAGCCGAUGAAAUUACCGCCAUGGCCAAUAGCUUAUGUGAAUUGCGCCAGGAAGGUAAGGGCACAUCACCCCAAGCCGAAUCUUUAGCACGCAGUAUACGCGAGAAAUUGGGUGAUUUGCAGUCGCAAAUACAAAAUGCCGUUGUGGGUGUAGACAAGGCUGGAGUACAACAAACUGCCCACACUAUCCAGGGUCGUUUGGAGCAGGCCGUUAAAUGGUUGCAGAAUCCUGAAGUAAAUGAUGGUGGUUUAGGUGAACGUGCGGUCAAUUUAAUUGUCGAAGAAGGACGUAAGGUAGCUGAAGGUUGUCCUGGUCAUCAAAAGGCCGAAAUUAUGCAAUUGUGCGACGAAGUAGAGCGUUUAAAGCGUCAGGCUGCGGGAAACACUCCAGUAGCCAAAGAAGCUGCCAAGAAAUUGACCCAAAAACUGCAUGAACUCAAAGCUGCGGUACAAAAUGCUUUAGUUAAUCGCAUUGUACAAGAUUUUAUGGAUGUUAGUACGCCCUUGAAACAGUUCACUGAUGCUGUAAUGUUGCCCGAAGGUACCCCUGGACGGGAACAGAAUUUCAACCAGAAAUCUAAUAAUUUGCAGGCAUUUAGUGAUCGUGCCUCUAAAACUUCACGUAUGGUGGCUGCUGGCGGUGCUUGUGGCAAUAAGAAAAUUGCCGAAGUCUUACUCUCUUCAGCAUCGCAGGUGGACUCAAUGACACCGCAACUUAUCAAUGCGGGACGCAUACGCAUGAACUACCCGACCAGCAAAGCUGCCGAUGAGCAUUUGCAAAAUUUGAAACAACAAUAUGCCGAUACAGUUUUGCGCAUGCGUACUUUGUGCGACCAAGCCACCGAUCCUGCCGAUUUUAUUAAAACCUCCGAAGAACACAUGCAAAUGUAUGCCAAACUUUGUGAAGAUGCCAUUCAUGCCAAACAACCUCAAAAAAUGGUUGACAAUACUUCAAAUAUUGCGCGUUUAAUCAAUCGUGUUUUGUUGGUGGCCAAACAGGAAGCUGAUAACUCGGAAGAUCCAAUAUUUACGGCCAAACUUAAUGCUGCCACAAAUCGUUUGGAAAGUUCAUUGCCUGCCAUGGUGGGAGAUGCUAAGCGGGUUGCCACCAAUAUCAAUGAUCCAGCGGCAGCUCAAGCCUGGAAAAAUUCAUUCCAAAGACUUUUGGGAGAUGUGCGUGAUGUAAGAACUGCUAUGGCUCCACCAGCACCACCAUUGCCCGAUAUGCCUCCACCACCAAUUCCAGAAUUCAGUGCCAUGCACUUGUCCAAUCAAAAUGUUGAACGUGCUCCCCCUAGGCCCCCUCUACCCCGUGAAGGUUUGGCUCCCCAAAGACCACCUCCACCAGAAACAGAUGACGAAGAUGAGGGAGUAUUCCGUACUAUGCCUCAUGCUAAUCAACCUAUUUUGAUUGCUGCCCGUGGCCUACAUCAAGAAGUGCGUCAAUGGUCUUCCAAAGAUAACGAAAUCAUUGCUGCCGCUAAACGUAUGGCUAUUUUAAUGGCCCGCCUCUCUGAUUUGGUGCAAUCCGAUUCUCGUGGUAGCAAACGUGAAUUGAUUGCCACCGCCAAGAAAAUUGCCGAAGCCUCCGAAGAUGUUACACGUUUGGCCAAGGAAUUAGCUCGUCAAUGUACCGAUCGUCGUAUUCGUACCAAUCUGUUGCAAGUUUGCGAACGUAUACCAACGAUUGGUACACAAUUGAAAAUUCUAUCCACCGUUAAAGCCACCAUGUUGGGUGCUCAAGGUUCCGAUGAAGAUCGUGAAGCCACCGAAAUGUUGGUAGGCAAUGCCCAAAAUCUUAUGCAAAGUGUUAAAGAAACUGUGCGUGCUGCUGAAGGUGCUAGCAUUAAGAUCCGAUCAGAUCAUACCAAUCGUUUGCAAUGGGUUCGUCGUCAACCUUGGUAUCAAUACUAAAAGAAUUAACAGAACAAAUGGUUGCUACAUCUACAUCUAUAUAUUAUGUUAAUUUUAUAUUUUUUACUUAAACAAAAACUCCUAACUUUAGUGCCUUUAAUAUUAACAAUGAUUGUGAAUUAAUUAAUGAUAUUUAUUAUUACUCUUAAUUACUUUAUUUGUGCUCAUUAUCAAAAUAUUUAUUCAAUAUUUUUGAUGUAAUUGUUUUCCUUUUAUUAAGUUUUUAAUUAUCUACAACGAAUUUGCUGCUCCUUUCCCUUUUAUACUUAAAAAAUCGUAACGUUUGUUUAAUGACUGUUUACUCGAUGUCAAAAGAAAACUUUUUCUUUCCACCCUUGAUGAACUAUCCUUAAAUCCCGAAAGUUUGUGUGCAAUAUAAUAAAGUUAUUUUUAACUACAGUUUACACAAAAAUUAAAAAUGUUCAGCAUUUAAUAAAUAUUUCCAAUAUUUACCAAGCUCUAUAGUAAAACAAAAUGGUUGCCAAAAUUAUUUCAAAAUUUAUAUUAUUUUAUAUUUUUUGUUCGAUUUUAAACAUAUAAUUGCAAUUUUUUUAAAUGUAUUACUAAUCAUAAAAAUAAAUUAUUUUGUUUAAAACUUUUUAAGUGAAUUAUUUGUAAGGUAUUGAAAAAUAAAAAUUCUUUAAA